AUGGCCACCGCCGAGAUGAGCUUGCCUGACAAGAAGCCUGAGCACGAGUCGGGUUACUACGAGGGCAGCGAUCAGGAGGGCAGUAUGGAGUGCGGGUGCCCGUCGCCGGUCAGUUCACGCAACUCUUCGCAUUCGACCAAGUUGAAGCGGCGCCACAGCGGGCAGAAGCACAAGAAGGUGCCUCCUAAGAAGGCCAGGACCGAGCCCCCUGUGAAUGGCUGCAGUUUAAAUAUCAAUGGACACAUUGACAAGAGUGUGGAAAUAGUGGAGUGUUCAAGUAGUAGUGUGUCGUCAGUGAAGGACUAUAAGAAGCCCGAGGAGCUCAUGCCAGUGCCCGGGCCCAGCUCGAAGAGGAGCAGCUCUGUGGAGCUCAUUGGAGGCACUGUGCCCGCACCAGCUCGAGACUCAGUUGAUUGGAAUUUGGUUGAUGCUAGUAAAAUUAGAAAAAGAUGCAAAGUUAAUCUCAAUGGCGCUGCCAAAGUCGACAUAUCACAUUUUGAUCUACUCAAAGUGCUCGGCACUGGUGCGUACGGCAAAGUGUUUCUAGUUAGAAAAAGAUGCGGAAUCGACGAAGGCAAGUUGUAUGCCAUGAAGGUUCUAAAAAAGGCAUCAAUAGUUCAAAAAUUGAAGACUGCAGAACACACAAGGACUGAAAGACAGGUCUUGGAAGCUGUGAGGGCUUGCCCUUUCCUGGUGACUCUCCACUAUGCGUUCCAAACCGACGCAAAAUUACACCUUAUUCUCGAUUACGUAGCGGGAGGUGAACUCUUUACUCAUUUAUACCAGAGAGAACACUUCAGUGAGAAUGAAGUGCGGAUAUACAUAGCUGAAAUUAUAUUGGCUCUCGAGCAGUUACAUAAGCUCGGCAUUAUCUACCGUGACAUCAAGCUGGAGAACAUCCUCCUGGAUGCCGAAGGUCACAUAGUGCUGACAGACUUUGGCUUGUCCAAGGAGUUUUGUGGUGGAGAGAGCAGAGCCUACUCCUUCUGCGGUACCAUUGAAUACAUGGCGCCGGAGGUGGUCAGGAGCGGCAGUCAGGGUCACGAUAUUACCGUGACCUACAUGAUGAUUGCGAUGUUGUGCUAA